GCAUGGCCUCACUCCUGGCAGGCCUGCUGACAGCCCUGGCCCUGACCCAGGUCCCUGCAGCCCUCGCUGAUGUCCUGGAAGGGGACAGCUCAGAGGACCGCGCCUUCCGCGUGCGCAUCGCGGGCACCGCGCCGCUGCGGGGGGUGCUGGGCGGCGACCUCACCAUCCCCUGCCACGUCCACUACCUGCGGCCGCCAAGCCGCAGGGCGGCGCCGGGGUCCCCGAGGGUCAAGUGGACCUUCCUGUCCGGGGGCCGCGAGGCGGAGGUGCUGGUGGCGCGGGGGCUGCGCGUCAAGGUGAGCGAGGCCUACCGGUUCCGCGUGGCGCUGCCCGCCUACCCCGCGUCGCUCACCGACGUGUCCCUGGUGCUGAGCGAGCUGCGGCCCAACGACUCGGGCAUCUACCGCUGCGAGGUCCAGCACGGCAUCGACGACAGCAGCGACGCCGUAGAGGUCAAGGUCAAAGGGGUCGUCUUCCUCUACCGGGAGGGCUCUGCCCGCUAUGCUUUCUCCUUUGCCGUGGCCCAGGAAGCCUGUGCCCGAAUUGGAGCCCGCAUCGCCACCCCGGAGCAGCUCUACGCCGCCUACCUGGGGGGCUACGAGCAGUGUGACGCUGGCUGGCUGUCGGACCAGACCGUGAGGUACCCCAUCCAGACCCCCCGCGAGGCCUGCUACGGAGACAUGGACGGCUUCCCGGGGGUCCGGAACUACGGGGUGGUGGACCCGGAGGACCUCUACGACGUCUACUGUUACGCUGAAGACCUGAACGGAGAACUCUUCCUGGGUGCCCCUCCAGACAAGCUGACGCUGGAGGAGGCGCGGGCCUACUGCCGGGAGCGGGGCGCCGAGAUCGCCACCACGGGCCAGCUCUACGCGGCCUGGGAUGGUGGCCUGGACCGCUGCAGCCCGGGCUGGCUGGCCGACGGCAGUGUGCGCUACCCCAUCGUCACACCCAGCCAGCGCUGUGGCGGGGGCCUGCCCGGCGUCAAGACCCUCUUCCUCUUCCCCAACCAGACCGGCUUCCCCAACCAGCACAGCCGCUUCAACGUCUACUGCUUCCGAGACGCUGCCCAGCCCUCUGCCACGCCCGAGGUCUCCCUCCCAGCCUCUGAUGGACUAGAGGCCAUCGUCACAGUGACAGAGACCCUGGAGGAACUGCAGUUGCCUCCGGAGGCGGUGGAGAGUGAGUCCCGUGGAGCCAUCUACUCCAUUCCCGUCAUGGAGGAUGGAGGAGGCGGAAGCUCCACUCCAGAGGACCCGGCUGAGGCCCCCAGGACCCUCCUAGAAUUUGAAACCCAAUCCGUUGUACCGCCCACCGGGUCCUCUGACGAGGACCCGAUGUUGGAGGAAGAAGAGAGAUACGAGGACGAAGAAGAGGCAGAGGAGCAGGAGGAAGAGGAGGCGGCGGAGGACGAGGACCUAUGGGCAUGGCCCAGCGAGUUCAGCAGCCCUGUCCCCACGGAGCCGGAAGCGGAGGACUCGCCGUCCCAGGCCUCCCCGCCAGCAAGGGCAGUCCUGCAGCCCGGAGCGUCCCCACCUCCCGAGGGACAGUCAGGAACUCCCAGGCCUCCCAGGGUCCGUGGACCACCUACCGAGACUCUGCCCACUCCCAGGGAGGGGACCCUGGCGUCCCCACCAUCUUCCACUCUGGUUGGGGAGGAAAUCGAGGGUCCUGAGCUUUCUGAGGUCCCUCGAGGAGAGAGCGAAGAGACAGGGAGCUCCGAGGAUGCCACCUCCCUGCCUCCAGCCACACAGGCCCCCGAGGGGACCGGAGAGCUGGAAGCCCCCUCUGAAGAGGACUCUGGGAGAACCAUCCCCGCAGGGACCUCGGUGCAGGCCCAGCCGGUGCUGCCCACUGACAGCGCCAGCCGCGGCGGAGUGGCCGUGGCCCCCUCAUCAGGUGACUGUGUCCCCAGCCCCUGCCACAAUGGUGGGACAUGCUUGGAGGAGGAGGAGGGGGUCCGCUGCCUGUGUUUGCCUGGCUAUGGGGGGGACCUGUGCGAUGUUGGCCUCCGCUUCUGCAGCCCGGGCUGGGACGCCUUCCAAGGCGCCUGCUACAGGCACUUCUCCACGCGAAGGAGCUGGGAGGAGGCGGAGACCCAGUGCCGGAUGUACGGCGCGCACCUGGCCAGCAUCAGCACGCCCGAGGAGCAGGACUUCAUCAACAAUCGAUACCGGGAGUACCAGUGGAUCGGGCUCAAUGACAGGACCAUUGAAGGCGACUUCCUGUGGUCGGACGGCGUCCCUCUGCUCUACGAGAACUGGAACCCUGGACAGCCUGACAGCUACUUCCUGUCUGGAGAAAACUGCGUGGUCAUGGUGUGGCACGAUGAGGGACAAUGGAGUGAUGUGCCCUGCAACUAUCACCUGUCUUACACCUGCAAGAUGGGCCUGGUGUCCUGUGGGCCCCCUCCGGAGCUGCCUCUGGCUCAAGUGUUCGGCCGCCCACGGCUGCGCUACGAAGUGGACACGGUGCUGCGCUAUCGGUGCCGCGAGGGGCUGGCUCAGCGCAACCUGCCACUGAUUCGCUGCCAGGAGAAUGGUCGCUGGGAGCCCCCUCAGAUCUCCUGCGUGCCCCGCAGGCCUGCCCGGGCUCUGCAUGCCGUGAAGAUCCCAGAAGGACAUCCAGGGAGCCUGCCAGGACGCUGGAAGGCACCGUGGACCUUCCCUGCCGGCCCUCCUCCCGGUCCCCAAGUGGGAAAGCCUUGAAUGCUGCUGUCCCCAGCACUGCCCUCGGGCCUCCAAGGUCCCUCACGCCCUGAGCUCCCGCCACAGGAAGUGAAAACAUGAGAGGGUGGAGAUGGAGCCCAGGUGACAGCCUGAAGGGCUUCUGGGAAAUACCUGGGGGCCUCCAGCCCAGCCCAGGCCCUCUUCCCCAGCAAGAUGGGCCUGGGCUUCAGGUUUCCCCCUCAGGGCAACGGGUCAGUCCCUAAGUGCCUCAGCUGCCCUCUCCCUGCCAGCUACCCUGGCCCCUCCAUUUUUCUAAAGGGCACUGUGCCCACUCAGUCUCGAUUUUCCAAGGAAAUGGAUUUGCAGGAUGGAAUACCUGUAAAGCCAGCGGGAAAUAAAGAUGUGCUCAGCCC